GGAUAUUAUGCCAUGGCUGAUAUGCAGUCUGUUGCUACACUUAUUGAUUCUACAACAUCUAAAAUACAGCAACUGCAGCAGGCUUUUGCUGUACUUGAAAGCCAUAGUGCCAUAUCAUUAAAUUUGAAAUGGAAAGAACUUGAAGAACACUUUCAUGGGCUUGAGAAGUCGUUAAAUAAAAGAUUUCAUGAGGUGAAAGAUCAGGAAAUGGAAUAUGUAACUAAGGUCACAGAGGCCCAAGAGAUGUUGGAGAAGCAGGAAGCAGUGGUUGUGGCCAAGGAACUUGCUUCUUUGGACUGGCUGCAGGAGAAAAGAGAUGCUGCUUUAUCUGCUAUAUUUGAGAAGCACAAACCUUCUGCUUCAGAGCCCAGCACUAAUGGCAUGGGUAAUGGUGUGCCUGCUAAUAUAGUUGAAGAAAAUUUAGAUGUUAAGGCUGCCAAAUCUUGCUCUGAAGAUGUGAAGCCUGCUGAAAAUGGUAAUGCAGAUGCCAAGCCUCACUCUGAGUUAGUAAAAUUAUGUGAAGAAAUGGAUGCAGAAGGACUCCAAAAGUUCAUUUCAGACAAUCGUAAGAACUUGAGUUCCAUUCGUGAGGAAAUCCCGAUUGCGUUAAGAAGUGCGACCAACCCUUUCACUUUGGUUUUGGAUUCCCUGAAAGACUUUUACUCUGGAGAGAUUUUAGGAUUAGAUGGGAAGAAGGAUGGGAACCUUUUGGGCCUACGAAGGACUUGUCUCAUGCUAAUGGAAUCUCUUGGACAACUACUGGCAGAUUCUGUAUUGGGUUCUCUCUCUGAUAAUCAAAUGCUGACAUUAGAAAUUAGAGAGCAAGCAAAGGCAAUUGCUACAGAGUGGAAGCCAAAGUUGGAUGAUCUUGACAUUGAUGCAAGCAGUGGAAACUCCUUGGAAGCUCAUGCAUUUCUUCAGCUUUUGGCUACCUUUGGAAUUGCUUCUGAAUUUGAUCAAGAUGAAAUAUGCAAAUUGAUCCCAGCUGUCACCCGGCGCCGUCAAGCAGUUGAUCUAUGUCGUUCACUUGGAUUGUCGCAUAAAAUGCCAGGUGUGAUCGAGGUGCUUUUGAAUAGCGGAAGGCAAAUUGAGGCUGUUAAUCUUGCAUAUGCAUUUGAGUUAACGGAGCAAUACGCACCUGUGCCAUUAUUGAAGGCAUAUUUGAAGGAAGCAAGGAAAGUGUCACAAAUCAAAGCUGGAAACACAUCUCCUAGUGCACAGACUGAAACAAAUGAACGUGAGCUGUCUGCCCUUAAAGCUAUCAUCAAGUGUAUUGAGGAGCACAAGCUUGAGGACCAAUACCCAAUUGAUCCACUCCAGAAAAGAAUCCUCCAGCUAGAGAAGGCCAAGGCUGACAAGAGGAGGGCUGCUGAAGCUGCAAAGCCACAGUCCAAGAGGCCCCGUGCCAAUGGCACUACUUAUGCUCCUCGUGUCACCGGCAUUCCUGACAAAAGCUUCUACCGAGCACCGCUCGAGAGAUACCCAUAUCCAUAUGACAGGCAGUAUGUGUACCCAGCAGAAACCCAUCCUCCUUCGCUGAUGGGUUCGGCUCCCUAUACCAUAUCUCCAACUCAUACCACAUACUAUGGAAAUGGCUACCAGGUCCAGUACCAAGCCACCUAUCUACACUAAUGGAGCAGGCGUAGAUGUUCAUGGUUUUACCUAACUACUACUAGCUUUUAACCCAUCGGGUGCUCCAAUAUAUGGAUUAACUGAAGUCUAAGUAGCUCAAAAGUAGUCUGUUCCUUGUGUUGUAAGUGUUUGUUAAUCGUGAGUUGUGAAAAGCUUAUGUUCUUAUCCUUGUGACUGAUAGCAUGCUUCUGAUAUCUGGUUGUGACUAUUUUAUGGUCUUUUGCCCGGUGGUUCCAAGAUUAUGCGCUUUGUUUCUGACGGAAUUGUUUACUUGAUGCAUGCUGUUCAAAAGACUAACUUGAUUUCAGCUGAACCGGGCACACAAGGUACAUGCUGACCUUUGUA